GUUGUUUUCCCCCAUAUUCCGUAUAUUAUGUGUUCUGCAUGUACCAGUGUAUUUUCCAUUGGAUAUUUUUGUUGAGAAAUUUUGGUGCCAGUAUAUUGAGUGCAUGUGUUUACCUAUUUAUUGUGUGAAUCUUACUCAAAGAAAAUGUACUUCAAUUUUGAAGUGACUAAAUCCUUCUUGAAACUAGCCAUUUGUAUUGAUAUAAAACCAAAACAUUAAGGAGAAGAUUGCAGAAAAAUGACUUAAAUAUCUGAGUAAGUUUGGAAGCACCUUUGCAAAUUUCGUUCUCAAAUUUGAUUUGUGUGUGACAUUUACAGGGAUGUUGUGGAGAUGAUAGUGGUCUCAUGGAAGUAGAGGGAGCUCAUCCAUCACGGACGAUGAGUAUUAAUGCUGCAGAGUUAAAACAGCUUCUUCAAAGCAAAGAAGAAAGUCCAGAAAAUUUGUUCCUUGAACUAGAGAAACUUGUUUUGGAACAUUCAAAAGAUGAUGACAAUCUGGAUUCGUUGUUGGACAAUGUAGUUGGACUUAAGCAGAUGCUUGAGUCAUCAGGUGAUCCUUUACCUCUCGGUGACCAAGACGUAGAACCAGUACUUUCAGCUCCAGAAUCUCUCCAGAAUCUGUUUAACAAUAGGACUGCGUAUGUACUAGCUGAUGUCAUGGAUGAUCAAUUGAAAUCUAUGUGGUUUACUCCAUUUCAGGCUGAAGAUAUUGAUGGGGACCUGGAUUUGGUAAAAGUGGACUUAAUUGAACUCUCUGAAAAAUGCUGUAGUGACUUUGACUUGCACUCAGAAUUAGAGCGCUCAUUUUUGUCAGAACCAUCAUCUCCAGGGAGAACCAAGACCACCAAAGGAUUCAAACUUGGGAAGCACAAGCAUGAGACCUUUAUAACUUCAAGUGGAAAAUCCGAGUACAUUGAACCUGCCAAACGAGCUCAUGUUGUGCCACCACCAAGAGGAAGGGGCAGGGGAGGAUUUGGACAGGGCAUACGACCCCAUGAUAUUUUUCGUCAGAGAAAACAGAACACAAGCAGACCACCAUCUAUGCACGUGGAUGACUUUGUUGCAGCUGAAAGUAAAGAAGUGGUCCCGCAAGAUGGAAUACCCCCACCAAAACGGCCACUCAAAGUAUCACAGAAGAUUUCUUCUCGUGGUGGAUUUUCAGGCAAUCGAGGAGGACGGGGAGCUUUUCACAGUCAAAAUAGGUUUUUCACACCGCCUGCCUCAAAAGGAAACUACAGUCGUCGGGAGGGAACAAGAGGCUCCAGUUGGAGCGCUCAGAACACUCCUCGAGGAACUUACAAUGAAAGUCGCGGAGGCCAGAGCAAUUUUAAUAGGGGCCCUCUUCCACCUUUACGACCACUUAGUUCUACAGGCUACCGCCCAAGUCCUCGUGACCGGGCUUCAAGAGGCCGUGGGGGACUUGGACCUUCCUGGGCAAGUGCAAAUAGCGGCAGUGGAGGCUCAAGAGGAAAGUUUGUCAGUGGAGGCAGUGGUAGAGGUCGUCAUGUACGGUCCUUUACACGAUAAAAGUUAUUUUGGGAACAUCCUAAGUGUAUAUGAACAUUUCAUGACAACAACAAAAAACAAUAAAAUAAGACAUUGAAGGACCAACUUAACCUUUUAGCAGUUAUCUGGAAACUCUGAAGAAAUAUUUUUAUCUGAAGAAAGCAGAUUUUGUUUGAUACAUAACACAAGAUUUCAAUAAAAAUCCAAACUUUGUAUGUA